CAGAGACCUACGAGACUCCCUUGCUUUCGGAAGCAUUGAGUUUGUCAUAACUAGCCCGGAAACCUGGGGAAGGAGGAUUUCGCCCCACACAACCAACCGUCUAGCAAUGGUUAUCGAUCGGAAAUUCCUGCCCGAAUAUAGGGGCUAGUAAGGAUUAAAAGCUGCCGUUCUCCAGCUAACAGAUAGUUACUGGUCAUCUCUCGUAUGCAUGAGUCAAUGGCAACCACAGCAGUUCUGGAAUUCCUUUAUCCGGACAUAGACUUUUCUGUGUCUGCGCCGGCAUUCUUCCCCGUUCAAUGCUGCAUUUUCAUCGAGUCAGGAUUAGCUCUUCAGCAUCAAUAAGGAUGAGAUCGGGGCAGAGGUUCCCUUCUUAGAUUCACACUCCUUCGCUCUGUCGGGUACCCUGAGUCCCUGACAUCGAUCUCGGGACCCAUCCUGAAUUCGGUCGUGACGCAGCAUCGCCAACUGGGCAGCUCCCGGCAGCGACUGCCGACCGAAAUACAAUGGCUCGCUCCCCAUCAACAACAAGCAGCAUUAGUACGGACCUCGAUCCGUCGACCAGUCCCGAGCGAGAGAAGCACAUAGACUACAUCGACAUAGAGCAGGGGCGAGGAAAGGGCGAUGGCCACAUGCACGGAGGCGACCCGGAGAAGCAAUCUGCUGCCGGGGGGCUUCGGCGGCCGACGCAGGACUCAAAUACCGAGGCCAUUCCCGGCGUGAGGCUCGACGACAGCGACGACUUCAAAGAUGGCGGCCGCGGCGGUACCCACGAGGAAGAAGAGGAGGACGCCGCUGUCGGCGCCAGCGCCACAGAUGACGACGAUGACGGCCGCGCAAGCAGGCACCGCGGAAGCCUCGCCGCGCGCGUCAUAAGCCGCACCACCAGCAAGUCGAGCUUCAACCCUGGCCCGCCGCCCGACGGGGGCCUGAGGGCGUGGACGUCGGUGGCGGCCGGCCACCUGGUCAUCAUGAACACUUGGGGGUAUAUCAACUCGUUCGGGGUGUUCCAGACGUACUAUGCUAAUGAGCUGGCGCUGGGCCCGCCCGCGACGAUUUCCUGGAUCGGGUCUAUCCAGGUGUUCUUGUUGUUUUUUAUUGGGACUUUUACGGGGCGGAUGACGGAUGCUGGGUACUUCCGCGAGGUGUUCCUCCUCGGGACCACCUUCCAGCUCCUGGGCAUCUUCACGACGGCCGUGUGCACCAAGUACUGGCAGCUCUUCCUCGCGCAGGGCGUCUGCAUGGGCCUCGGCAACGGCUGCCUGUUCUGCCCCACGGUGGCGACGGUGUCGACGUACUUUAGCAGGAAGAGGGGGCUGGCUAUCGGUAUGACGGCGUGCGGCAGCGCGACGGGCGGGCUCAUCUUCCCGGCCAUGGCGAGGCAGCUGCUGCCCUCGGUCGGGUUCCCCUGGACCGUCCGGGCGAUCGGGUUCAUCCAGGCCCUGGGGCUGGUUCUGGCCAAUAUCGGCCUGAGGAGGCGGAUACCGCCGCGCAAGGCCGGGGCGCUGGUCGAGUGGGCCGCGUUUGGGGAGCUUGAGUAUACCUUUUAUGCGGCCGGGAGCUUCACCUGCUUCCUCGGCGUCUACUUCGCAUUCUACUACCUAGCCUCCUACUCCCGCGACAUCACGGGCCUCUCCUACACGGACUCGCUCAACCUCCUCCUCCUCCUCAACGGCAUCGGGAUCAUCGGCCGCCUGGUGCCGAACCACCUCGCGGACCGGUGGGGCGCCCUCAACGUCUUCGUCCCCGUGGCCGUCGCGGCGGGCAUCUGCCAGCUGACGUGGGCCGCCGUGUCCGGGCCCGCGGGGCUCUACGCGUGGGCGGUCUUCUUCGGGAUCGCGGCGGGGGGCAUCCAGUCGCUGUUCCCGGCGGGGCUGAGCAGCCUGACGACGGACCUGCGCAGGGCCGGCACGCGGAUGGGGAUGGUGUUUACUAUUGUCAGCUUUGCGACGCUCACGGGCCCGCCUAUCGCCGGGGCGCUUAUCAGUGCGUGUGGGGGAAGGUAUUAUGGCGCGCAGGCGUUUGCGGGGUCUGCUAUGAUUGUGGGCGGGGGCUUCAUGGCUGCUGCUAAGGUUGUUAAGCAGAGGAGGGUCGGGGGUGGGUGGAGGACUAAGGUGUAG